GGCUUCGCAUACCCGGGGACCUCCGAGCGCACGGGCUCCGCCUCGUCGUCGUCAUCUUCUGCCGUGGUCGCGGCGCGCCCGGAGGCUCCCCCAGCCAAAGAGUGCCCGGCACCCGCGCCUGCUGCGGCGGCGGCAGCGCCCCCGGGCGCUCCAGCGCUGGGCUACGGCUACCACUUCGGCAAUGGCUACUACAGCUGCCGCAUGUCGCACGGCGUGGGCUUACAGCAGAACGCGCUCAAGUCGUCGCCGCACGCCUCGCUGGGAGGCUUCCCCGUAGAGAAGUACAUGGACGUGUCGGGCCUGGCGAGCAGCAGCGUACCGGCCAACGAGGUGCCCGCGCGAGCCAAGGAGGUGUCCUUCUACCAGGGCUACACGAGCCCCUACCAGCACGUACCCGGCUACAUCGACAUGGUGUCCACCUUUGGCUCCGGGGAGCCUCGGCACGAGGCGUACAUCUCCAUGGAGGGCUACCAGUCCUGGACGCUGGCUAACGGGUGGAACAGCCAGGUGUACUGUGGCAAGGACCAGCCACAGGGCUCCCACUUUUGGAAAUCGUCCUUUCCAGGGGAUGUGGCUCUAAAUCAGCCGGACAUGUGCGUUUACCGUCGGGGAAGGAAGAAGAGGGUACCCUACACCAAAUUGCAGCUCAAAGAACUGGAGAACGAGUAUGCCAUUAACAAGUUCAUUAACAAGGACAAGCGGCGUCGUAUCUCGGCUGCUACGAACCUGUCCGAGAGACAAGUGACCAUUUGGUUUCAGAACCGAAGAGUGAAGGACAAGAAAAUUGUCUCCAAGCUCAAAGAUACUGUCUCCUGAUGUGGACCGGGUUGGCCACAGCCAGUUUAAGAUGCCAUUCAGUUGUCUCCGAAAGGCCGUUGGAAAGACUUGAAUAUGUAUUUAAUUCCCCCCACUCCCUGCCAAUGAAGGCAAAUUUUGUGAAUUGUUUCUUCUCUCUUCCUCUUACCUGGCUCUGAAACCUUUUACUGCCCAACCUGACUUUGUAGUUCUGAUUUUUACCUGUUUAUUAUGGGUUUUGUUCUUGUCUAGUUUUUUUUCUUUAAUGAUAUUUUUAAUGUUCUGUUUCUCCUUCCUGGCCAGUAUAAAGGACUUGAAGUAUUUUGAAUACUCUCCCCCCAUGAAGUUCAGAAGUGCCAUUCUGAUUUAAGGGUUUUACUUUUUAAAAUCACUUUAUGUGUCCGUUCUCAGCACUGAUUAUCUUCAUAAUCCAUUAGGGCAGAACGAUUUGCAGUCAUUCAUAUCCUGUAAUUAGGUAAUUGAAUCAUUAGCUCUCAGCAGUUGCCCUGAGGCAAGGGGAAACAGCUCCAGGCAGGCAGGGCUC